AGAGCGGGCCCGGGAUGCGCGGCCCCCGCGGCGGGCCGGCCGGGACGGAGGGAGCGCCAGCCGAGCCCCAGCGCCGGGCGUCCGAGCCCAGGCGGCCUCGGCAGGUGGACGCGGCCCGGGGAGGGGGCGUUGCCCCGGCAGGAGCCCCCGCCCGACCCGCUGCUCCGCUCCGCCUCCGCCCGGGCUCCCGGAGAGACGCUCCCUAAAGAGGGGUUGCGGGGGGCCGUGUCUUGUCUCCGGGCUGGCGAGCCUGGGGCGGCUUUCGGCUCUUGACGUCUGUUGGUCUCCCCCUCCGGAGUUCAAACUUUCUGUUGUGUUUCUCCGUUUCUGCCAACCUUGCUUUUCCGCAUUGCUCUCCCACAGUGAAUCCUAAGUGAUUUAAUUUUUUUUUAUUUAGAAUAAUUUUGUCCGCUUGCAAAGUUACUUCCCUUUUCUCCAAAUUUUAAAGUCAUUUCUAGCCAACGAAGCUGUUUCUUCUCAGUUUUGUAAUUUUGGGGGGGUGGGGAAGGGAAGGUGGGUAGGAAAUACUUCCUUUUACAUUUAAGGAGGUUUGAUAAGGGAAGCACAGCUUCCAAGAAGAAGAGAAGAGAGGACUAAUUUUUGGUUGGCUGUUCCUGAAAAGGACACCAGUUCUUCAAGUGACACUUAAAGAAUUACUGUAAUCAUAACUGUAAUUAUUAUAGCUCAAAAUACCUAAAUGCAGGUGUGUGGAAUAUUUAUGUCAUUUCUAAGAUCUUUGUGAGCCCAGCAUGGCUGCCCUUUACAUUGUUAAUGUACAUCAGAGAGUUUUAAUCCCUCAGUUUGAUUCGUCUUUACUCGUAAAGCACUGGCUGAAAGGAAGGAGGCCCAGUGAUUGGAGUUCUGCUUACUGCCCACCCCUGCUUUCGGUGGUCAUGCCUGGGCCUCUCCGACUCAGGAAUGCCUGGGCUUCCAGGUUCCCUCUUCCCUCUGCAGGUUGCUCGUGUGGAGAUUAUUCUAACCAGGUCUAACCCUAAUCGGGGAGGAAGUGCAAACAGGAUCGUAGCGACCUCACAGUUUCUUUCUCCGUUUCAGGUGCCUUCUCCAGGAGGGAGAAAUGGCCACGAGGCUGCUGCCAUUCCGGGCUCUGGAGUCUGUGACGUUCAGGGAUGUGGCCGUGUUCUUCAGCCGGGACGAGUGGCUGCACCUGAACCCUGCGCAGAGAGCCUUGUACCGGGAGGUGAUGCUGGACAACUACAGCGCCCUGCUGUCGCUGGGGAUUCUGUUUUCCAAACCAAAGGUUAUCCUCCAGUUAGAGCAAGGGGAAGACCCCUGGAUGGUGGAAAAUGGAGUUUCUCAGAGUGCGUGUCUAGGAUGGGAGAGCUUGUUUGAAACGACAACCUGUUCCAAAGAAGAAAAUCAGGAAGUAAUGAAUGAACUCACAGGUGAUGGUCCUUUUGACUUCAAACUGGGAAAAAUCUACAUAAAUGAGGACCAGCUAGAGAAUCAGCAAGGCAAGACGCACAGACCUUUCAGGGAAGUCUUAGUUGCCAUCCAGAAAACCUUUAUGAAGGAGAACAGCUUUCUAGGUGUUGACCUUGGGGAAAGUCUUGAUCUAAAAUCAUUUAUGAGAAAACCGGGCAUAGUUUCCAGAGGAAGGAAACCCCGUUCACAGCAGUAUUCAGUUCUGUUUAAGCAACUGGGAAUCGACACGGUGCGUAAAUGUUACAAGUGUAAUAUCUGUGGGAAAAUCUUCCUCCACAGUUCCUCCCUGAGUAAACAUCAGAGAAUCCACACUGGAGAGAAGCUCUAUAAAUGUAAGGAAUGUAGGAAAGCUUUCAGCCAAAGCUCAUCUCUGACUCAGCACCUGAGGGUUCACACUGGAGAGAAGCCUUAUAUAUGUAGUGAGUGUGGAAAAGCCUUCAGUUUCACCACGUCGCUCAUUGGCCAUCAGAGAAUGCACACUGGAGAGAGACCCUAUAGAUGUAAUGAGUGUGGAAAAACGUUUAAAGGUAGCUCAUCCCUUAAUAAUCACCAGCGAAUUCAUACAGGAGAAAAGCCCUAUAAGUGUAAUGAAUGCGGGAGAGCCUUCAGCCAGUGCUCAUCUCUUAUUCAGCAUCACCGAAUUCAUACUGGGGAGAAACCGUACGAGUGUACUCAGUGUGGGAAAGCCUUCACGUCAAUAUCGCGGCUAAGUAGACACCAUAGAAUUCAUACUGGAGAGAAACCCUUUCAUUGUAAUGAGUGUGGAAAAGUAUUCAGUUACCAUUCAGCCCUUACUAUACAUCAAAGAAUUCACACUGGCGAGAAACCUUAUGCCUGUAAAGAAUGUGGGAAAGCCUUCAGCCAAAGCUCAGCUCUUAUACAGCAUCAAAGAAUUCAUACUGGAGAAAAACCUUAUAAAUGUAAUGAAUGUGGGAAAGCCUUCUCCUGGAUUUCACGGCUUAAUAUACACAACAGAAUCCAUACUGGAGAGAAACCAUAUAAUUGCAAGGAAUGUGGAAAAGCUUUCAGUUCCCACUCAGCAGUUAAUACUCACCGAAAAAUUCAUACUGGAGAGAAACCUUAUAAAUGCAAUGACUGUGAAAAAGCCUUCAACCAAAGCUCCGCUCUGAUUCAGCACCAGAGAAUUCAUACUGGAGAGAAACCGUAUAACUGUAAAGUCUGUGGGAAAGCCUUUCGACAAAGUUCAUCCCUUAUGACACAUAUGAGAAUUCAUACAGGGGAAAAGCCUUAUAAAUGCAGGGAGUGUGGGAAAGCUUUCAUUUGUUCCUCUGCUCUUCAUUUUAUUGAACACCAGAGAAUUCAUACUGAUGAGAAACCCUACAGAUGUAAUGAGUGUGGGAAAACCUUCAGCCACAGAUCAUCUCUUCUUGCCCAUCAGAGAAUUCAUACUGGAGAGAAACCUUACAAAUGUAACGAAUGUGAGAAAGCAUUUAGCAGCAGUUCAACCCUCAUCAAGCACCUGAGGGUUCACACUGGAGAGAAACCCUAUCAGUGCAAGGAGUGUGGGAAAGCCUUCAGCCAGUGUUCUACCCUCACGAUGCAUCAGAGAAUCCACACUGGGGAGAAGCUCUAUAAAUGCGGUGAGUGUGAGAAGGCCUUCAGCUGUAGAGCAAAACUUCGUAGGCAUCAAAGAAUCCAUACAGGCGAGAAACCCUAUACAUGUAGUGAAUGUGGGAAAAGUUACAGCCAGUUUACAUCCCUGGCUGAACAUCAGAGGCUUCACACUGGAGAACAACUGUGUACGUGCGUGGCAUGUGGGAGAACCUUCACACGCAUCUCAACCCUCAUUGAACAUCAGAGAAUUCACACCGGACAGAAGCCCCAUCAGUGUAAGGAAUGUGGGAAAACCUUCAACCAGUAUUCAUCGUUUAAUGAGCAUCGGAAAAUGCAUACUGGGGAAAAACUGUACACAUGCAGAGAGUGUGGGAAAGCCUUUGGUUGCAAAUCCAACCUUUACAGACAUCAGAGAAUUCACACAGGAGAGAAACCCUACCGGUGUAAUCAGUGUGGAAAGGCGUUCAGCCAGUAUUCAUUCCUAACUGAACACGAGAGAAUCCACACUGGAGAAACUCUACAAAUGCAUGGAAUGUGGGAAAGCCUACAGUUACAGGUCAAACCUUUGUAGACACAAAAAAGUCCACAGUAAAGAGAAGCUCUAUAAAUGGAAGGAAUACGGGGUUGGAGAUUUCUUAGAAGAUAUAAGCCCUGUGACGUUUAAUUCACCUCAGAUAAUUUAAGAAUUCUCACUGGAGAAUGAUCAGGAGAAUGAUAAACAGGGCACCAACUUCUGAUAGAUUAAGUCUUUUUUUAUUUCUCCUAGAGAGAAUGUGCCAGUCACCAUUAAGUAUUGAUAAAAUAUAAAGAGCACUGACUUGGCACAUUUUAUAAGAACCAAUAAAUUCUAAGGUUUCGAAAAAUACGUAAAAUGUUUAAAUUCGUAGAAAAAUGUAAAAGGCCUAACUUUAAAAAACAAAUUUUUAAACUUUCAUGUUUAAAAAAAAAUGAAAAUAAUAGACUAAACGUUUUGUUUCUUUCAUCAGACUUUAUUCCCCUCUAAGAGUAAGCUCCAACAUGAAUUUUCUUUUGGGAAUAGGUUUUGAGUUAUUAAUAAUGUGAAUAAAUGUGGGGCCUUAUUUUCUAAAAUGGCAGGCAGACGUAGGACAUGCCGCCUUUCAUAAAGAGAAGCUAAAGGUGAAAAGGAAUUCUUUAAAUUUAGGUUUUCACAUGGAAAUAAUCAAGCUCACUUUCCGUGAGCUGCCACACCAACAAGUGAUAUUUAUAAAUACAUGUAUAUUUUUUUCCGGCGGUGUCUCUUUCUUACAUUAUUACUUAUUUGCUAUGAUUCUACGUUGCUGAACAGAGACUUACAGUGUGGUAGACGCUGGAGUAAACUGAAGCAGGUAGAGAGACUGUCAGACAGACACUCUCCUGUCCGUUGCAGGACUGAUGUAUUUCCAGAAUCUGACUGGACACCUGGCAGCUCAUUAGAGCCAGGAGAGAUCUUAAGUUUAUGUAGAGCCUUUCAUUUCACUCAUAAGGAAAGUGAGCUCACUGAGCAGAGUCAAGACUAGGAUCUAGGUCUUCCGUUCUGGGUUUCUGUGUUGAUUAUAGGUUCACUUUCAACCUCAAGUCCCAAGAGUGCAAGUCCCAAAGCUAUGUGUUUUGCAAACGGGUUAGGGGCACAAUUACCCUAACUUAAUCAGCUUAAUUUUCAUGUUUGACAGGUUCCCCCUGACUUUAAUCUUGAUAACUGACUUAGUCAUGUUUUUCCAUUUUCUUAUGUGUCCCUAAUUAUAACUGCUUUUAUACUAACAUAAAUUAUUAACAUAAACCCUAAGACCCCAGCUGAGGUCCCGAUGGUGAAACUGCCCCUGGAGAUUUCACACAGAAGAUUGCCUUUUUGUUUGUUUUUGUGACACGUCUUUUAGGAAUUCUUUUUGUAAAGUGAUAUAUGCAUAUUUUAUUAUUAAACAUUCCAAUCAUCAGUUGAAAUUGUUUAUCCAAACAUUUUCCAUGUUUUUUUAGAAAGAUUUCAUUUUCCCCUUGGGCCUGCUUCCUCCAGUUUUAUAUUUCCCCUUCACAGCUGGUAUCAUUCAAAAGAUUAUUCUAUUAAAAUUAGCUAGAACCUUCUAUCUGAAAAAGGUUUUAGAAUUAAACUCAAGAAUUCAGCAUAGUAUGUCUUUUGACUUAGCUCAUUAGAAAGUAUCUCAUAUAUUUAAGUGUAUUUAGAAGGAAAAUGAAGCUUUUAAACAAACCUCAAAAUUUAACAUUGUACAGAGCCAUUUGCAAGGCAUUAUAAAUAAAAACAUGUUUUGAUUGCCCAAUAGCAGUGAGCAUGCUUAGUACCCAGAUUUUGGUUUCUAAAUGCCAUUUCCCCACUAAAAGGAUCUAGAACUCCUUGGAGAAAUGGCUGAUUCCAUAUUUGGAGCAGGGAGAGUGUAAAGUAUGCCUGGAACAUUUUUUUAUGCAAUAGCACAAGAACAGAGAUGAAUGGGACAGUGUCAGAAGGACACGGAGGCCAAAUUGAAGGUACUUCCAGUGAUCAAAUUUAGGACAGUUGAAACAUCAAAAAGAAUAAUCACCAUAAUUAGUUACAACAUAUAAGUAAAAGUAAAAUAAGCCCAUGAUGGAAAAACACAAAAAAAGACAGCUUUUUAUAAACGUACUUGAAGAAGCCAUCUUUUAAUUGUGCAUGCAGUGAUAAAUUUAGAAGAAUUACCAUUUUACAACCCUUAAUGUGAUCAAAUCAGGCACAUUCAAUGGAUGAUAAAACCCUAAUAAACGAAAAAAAAAUUUUAAGGAACAUUAUUGACCUGGUGUCAAAAGAUCACAUGCCAAGUGCAGAGGAAAGACAUGCCUUUAUAAUGGAGGGAUCUGGCUGUCAAACUGAGUUUCUCUACCAGUGGGGCAACCUGACACCACGUGACUCCUGACGAGAUGCCGUAUGAAGCACACACGAGCGUCUGUGGUGGAUUCUUGCCAAAAAUAUUUAAUGAAAAUCAAAGUCUCUUAUCUAGACUUAUUGUCCUGUUUACAAGCAAUACAAGGUACAGAGAAACAAGUUGAAUUACAUGGUGAGGAAAUAGACAAACCCAGAGUUUGAGUCAUUGUACGAGACAACCAGUCUGGACUUUUCAAGAAGCCAAUGUAACAAAGUGGAGUCUUCUAGAUGAAGCCACUCAAGAGAUGGAACCAAAAGCAGGAUGUGAUCCUUAAUUGGCUUCUGAUUCAGAAACAGUAAAACAACUCUACAAGACACUUGGGAGGAACGUGGAGAAAUGUGAGGGUGGAAUGGGUAUUAGAUAAUGUAGUAUGUUUAAUUUUCCUAGAUGUGAUAAUGGUACUGAGGUAUAAAGGACAAUGCCCUUUUUCUUAGGAGAUGCAUGCAAAAGUUUUCAAGUUUAAAAAGUCAUGAUGUUUGCAGCAUAUUUUCAGAUAUGUCAAAAAUUAGUCAACUGUUGUCAAAUCUUUGUGGACGAUAUAGAUAUGUUCGUUGAUCAUCCUCUAAACUUUAUGUUAAAAAUUUUAAUAAAAAAUUUAGGCUAA